AGACAUUGCCUGCGAGUGUGGACACAACCCCAUCAAGUCUAUGGUCGCACUAUUCUAUCUGCGCAAACCCUGGCGGGCGAUGCUGACAUUAUUGGGAAAGGUGGGAGCAAGAGGAAGUCAUCGAUCGCGCUUCUUCUGGUGAGCGGGAUGGAGCCCAAUGUCACAAAUCGUACUGAUUCCGUUUCGGCGUAUCUGAUCAUGCAAAUUAAGAGCGUUCCCAUCUUUCCAGAAUGGGACCCUCGUUGCACCAAUCGAUGAUCAGUUUACGAUUUGGGUAUGAGAAUGUAAACUUUGCAACUCGGGGCAUGCAGCAGAACUUCCAUGGAGUAUAUCACGGAACGAGGAAGUACAUAUCUGUGCUGCCUGAGGCUCUGAACCGAGCGCACGUUCAUACGCCAGCCAACGGGGAAAGUCCACAUAGGACUUCACGCAACACUAGGACUCCCCCCCGAAAGUGCGAGGGGGAUUCUGGAGACAGAGGAGAUUGCCGAGCUGUGGGGGGACGAGGGCAAGGCACUGCAGGGGAUAGCAUUCGAAAGAUGAUCGAUCCCAGAAUCCGGCGAUGGAGGACAGAGACGAUGAACGUUUCGAAGAAGACGAACCUUGGGUAGCUUUGUUUGGAAAGGGUACAAAGGAAGAAGGAGAGAAGAGAUCAUGAUGUAGCAAGUCGUGCAAGCCUGUUAGGGUCAAAGUCAUGAACAAGCUGGGAGCUGACGGUGACAAGUCGGGAAAUCUCACCGGUGAUUUUCAGGAAGUCAAAGCGGGGCGACGAGUAGUAUUAGAAUUUCCCGUCUCUAGCUCGAUCCCGCGGUGCAAGACCAUCACAGCCGUGGUUUUAGAUUCGGUGAUCGUCGCUGCCGGAACUCCAAUCGACUGCGCCGCUUUACUGGUCCCUCCUCAGAAGGCAGAGGAGUGGAUAUACUCUUCGGAGGGUGGGCAAUGGCAGCUUCUAGCCUCCGCCGGAGUGAGCAGGUUGAUCGUCCUGUUGCCCAAUCAUCUUCCUACCCAACAGGUGGAGUCCGAGAACGAACUGGAUCAAUUAGUAGCUGUGCGGAGUACCGAGGACGAUGAGCUGAAGAAAGUUUUACGCCCGCUGGUCCUUGCCCUUGCUCCCAAAGCCCUGUUCAAACUUGGAAUCCCGGACAUCCCCUUCUUGGCGUACAGUGACAAUGUUGUGCAACGAGUGGAGAUAGACGUCGCUUACUCUUCGAUCACCGGUCUGAUGAUGGUCGAAGAUGUGGAGGUUGAAGAGUCGAGCUUGCUUUCAAAAAGUGACUCAAAAGAACACGGGUCGUCUCAACUCGACUCAAUGUGCACAAACCCCACGAGAACAUGGAGACGGCGACUCAUAUUCCAGAGAAUGCCAAAUCUGAUACAGACGGAAGUAUCUUUAAUCACGUAUCCGUGUAGAGGAAGACCUCUUAAGGGAAGGAAGAGGUAUAACGGAUCCAGGUCCAGGAAGACGAAGAGCUCUAAAGAGGCUGAAACGGGAGAAAAACGCGUGGUGGAUCAUAGCAGGCUUGUGCACCAGUACUUGCCUCCCAUAGUUGCUGGUUUUGUGCUGAUCAGUCCUUUUCUGGAUCGUUAUGUCAGGUCCCAUGUGAGGGCAAAGGUUCUAUGUGUCGGUGUGGGAGGAGGAGCUCUGCCCACUUUUCUUCAUAACCAAUUUGGAUUUCACAUACAGGUAGUCGACCUGGAUGAAGUGGUACUGGAGCUAGCUCGGAAGCAUUUUGGCUUAACUCAUGGCCCCAAUUUCGAGGUCAUCGUCGGCGACGGUUUGGUCGCUGUGACGGAAAUUGCUGCAAGAGCAUUGCAGGAGGGCUUUCAGGACAAUGAUUUGCUGGGCAGGGGGAGAAACUUUUCAAAUCAACACGAGCCUCAUGUUUACGUGCCGACACCCGAGUCUACACCGGAAAUAGCACGCAUGCAUGACGCAAUGUGUUUUGAUAAACAGAACAUAUCAAGCCUUUUACAGGAAAAAUGGGCCGAAGAGGCCGAAGCUCAGUGCAGGUCGGGGUGCAGUCGAGAUGAAAUUAUAGCCAAUAUUACGAGCUCCAGGUGUUUGAAGCCGGACGUAGUAUCGCAGCCAGGAGAACCGCAAGGAGGCAAUUCGCCUUCCGAAACGAUUGAGCAACUUACCAGCAAGUUUCAGAAUAAUGUUGAUCCACGAGUCGAGAUCAUUGUAGUGGAUGUAGAUUCUGGUGAUGCGCGAUCGGACCUUAGUUCUCCUCCUCGUGCAUUUCUCGAAAAAUCAUUUCUUCUAUCAGCGCGAAUUGCCUUGCACGACGGAGGCAUGCUGGUCAUGAACGUCGUAUCCUAUGGGAAGGAGGCUUACGAACGCGUUAUCGGCGCCCUGUCAGCGUCCGAUUUCGAAGAAGUUUAUGAAAUUUCACUCGACGAGAAUGCCUACCACCGCGUCCUGUUCGCGAUGUCCAAGCCCGCAUGCUAUCCCUGGCUGCAGGGACCAACAGUCGAGCGUGUGGAGAGGUUAGUGUGUGGUCAAAUUAUCCAGCGACUUACAAGGCUUAAGGGGAAAAGUGUCCCUCCGCUUGGAGCUGUCGAUGUCGGGACUAGACAAGGAGCAUAAUCCAUCAUUCAUUUUGUCUCACUGUCACCAUCCAAGGGCCGAUGGCAAACCAUGUGCCGUCUUCGGUGUUCGAGAAACAUUCGCUAAUUUUACCGUCCCGUCUUUAGCGCAACGUCAUCCGUUACGUUUUCUUAUGAGGAGGUAACAUGCUCGGUGUUCACUGAAGCUGCCGGCUUAUUCUCACGGAUAUCCUUGCCUUGAAGUACUUCUUUGGCAUCCAUGUGAAUAUACCCGGGUGAGAAUGCCAUUUGCCAAGUGAUAGAGAUCGUGGCCACCACGUGUGGAGUUCUUAAGCAUAUCCAGUUCCAUUCCAGCCAUUGCUCUUGAUCAGUCCAUAAAGUUAGGCACACAAUUCCAGAGGCGGUGGACGCUGAUCAGCACUCCACAUCCUCGUCUUCUUCACCUUCCUCUAGCAACUCUGCAGGUGGUGUUCAUCACGAGAGAUUCCUCUUAUUCUUGGUUAUCCUCGCUUUCUAUUCCCCCUCUCCCGUUGUGCACGCAGCGGAAAUCGGAGCGUGCGAUCCCAAGGUUCUAUAUCGGAAUCGCCACUACUAGAAACCUCGGCUCUCAAUUUACCGUCCCCGAUACUCGCCCGGACAUUGCAUCUGGCCACCUCUUGUCUUGGAUUUGGUUCCCCUCCUGGAGCAUCACAUAGAUUCAUCUCACAGAGUAGCUUUCUAAAUUACGAACGUGAUGAUCUCCGGAAAAGGUGGAGGGAGUAAAACCCGAGUUCAAACCUGACAUAGGCCCGAGGAACGCAGGAACAUGAGGUUGUUUAUCGUUUGAGGCUUCAGUCCAUUACGCUUCUUGGUCAACGUGUUACAUAGUCCCAUAAGUUGGUCUCGGACAUAGGCCCUGGAUGUCGGGAUGCACAGGGUGGAUUGCACGACUCGCGCUAGUAUCGAAAAUAGUUCUUUGCCCUUCUCCUCCAUCAUGACAAAACUCAUCGAUAGUGUU